AUGGAAGGUUUCUUCACAGCGAUUAUCGAUGAGUUUCCAAUCAUGCUUCGUGCUAGCAAGUAUGGUCGGGAAAUUUUCGUUGGAGUCAUUUGUAUCAUAUCGUACAUCAUAGGGCUCAGCACUGUGACUCAAGGAGGUUUCUAUGUGUUUCAAUUGUUUGAUUUCUAUGCCGCAUCCGGUUGGGCACUGUUAUGGCUGCUUUUCUUCGAAUGUAUCGCAAUCUCGUGGAGUGUUGGAAUCGAUCGAUGGUAUGAACACAUAAAAAGUAUGAUUGGCUACUAUCCGAAUCGAUGGUGGAAGUUCUGUUGGGUGUUUGCAACACCAACAGUUUGCAUGGUAUGA